AUGACAGAACUUUCCAACAAAAAAAUGUCCAAAGACACAGCAAAGAAUAAACCUCCCUCUAAAACAACAAGUAAAAAGACCGCAACAAGCCCAACCACCAAGCAACAACAGAAAAUUACUUCCAGUCCACAAUCAACAGCUUCUUCCAGUAACCCAGAAACUGAAGAUGAGAAAAGUAAACAAAAAGUGUCUGAUAAACGCGAACAAGUAAAAAAAGCACUUCAAAAUCUUGGAACAGACAAACCCUACUUCAGAGAAGCUAUACUGUUGUCAUUAUUGACUGAUCCAAGAAGUAAAGGUAAACAGUUGGAAGUCGUUAUUGCUAAUGUUUUACUCUAUUCACCAAAUUUGAAAACAUUUUUGGCUCUCUUGCCGUUGUUGAACCUUGAUAAGUGCCAAGGUGCUGCAACAAUAUUAGGGCAGUUGGAACAGAAGAGUCCAUUAACGGUUAACAAGAAAUUAUUUUACUUAAAUACUCUUAGUGAACAGCCAACCCAAACAGAUAACUAUAUCACUGUUGAUGAUUUAAUUGAUCCCACCAAAUGGGAGGUCGAAUUUAGAAUAAUUGUUCCUUUAGACGACUCUACCGGUCCUGGACCUGAUAUUAUAGUGCAAUACCAGCAAUUUUUGAUAUUCAUUAGUUGUAAAUAUUCAUCAUUAGGCAAGAUUACAAAAUCCACAAUGGACAAAGCAAGAUACUCUGUAAAACCGGAAAAUUUUUUUGGUAAACGUGUCAACAAUGAGGAGGGACGUUUUAAUGGUUGGAAAAAGAGCCUUGAAAAUCAUACAAAAACAAACGGUUAUGUGCGAGGCUUAAUAUCAUGGCCGUUAUCGGUACCAACUACUGUUGAGGCCAAUGAAGUAGUAAUUACUAAAGAAGCUAUGAUGAACGUAGUUCCAAAACCAAUUCGGGAUAAUAUUAUGAAAAAUAUUUGA